AUGGGCACGGCCACCGUCAAGCUGGGCACGAUCAACUUGCUCAACACCAUCAUCGGUGCCGGCAUCCUCGCCAUGCCCUACGGGCUCAAGUGCAACGGCAUCGUCUUCGGGUGCGUCCUCAUCACGUGGUCGGCGCUCACGCUGUCGUUCGGCCUUUACCUCCAAAACAAAGUCGCCAAGUACACCCACCAGCGCGGCAACGUGCUGUAUUUUAGUCUUGCCCAGCUCACCUACCCGCACUUCUCCAUCUUGUUUGACCUGGCCAUCAGUAUCAAAUGCUUUGGCGUCGGAGUGCUGUAUUUGGUGGUAAUUGGCGACUUGAUGCCCCAGAUCAUGGCGCAAUUGGGGGCGACGCACGGUCUCGUGCUCCACCGUAACUUCUGGAUCUCGGUGUUUAUGGUGUGUGUCGUCGCCCCGCUCUCGUUCCUCAAAAAGUUGGACUCGCUCAAGUACACCCUGGUGGUGGCGUUGGUGCUGAUUGUCUACUUGGCUUGCCUAGUAGUUGGCCACUACGUCGCCCACGACAUCGACGUCCCCGACCUCGAAAUCGACUACCUCGGCCCUAAGCUGGUGUCGCUUACCCUCUCGCUGUUCCCCAUCUUCGUGUUCGCGUACACUUGCCACCAAAACAUGUUUGCCAUCAUCAACGAGCUAAAGCCAAGCGACACCCACGGGUCGCAAACGCGCCAGCUGAACUUGAUCAUCCGCAACGCCAUCAGUACCGCGUGUGUGCUGUAUAUCAUCGUCGGGGUCAUCGGCUACUUAACGUUUGGCAACACCGUCAACGCCAACAUCAUCACGAUGUACCCGAGCUCGCUGGUGUUCUCGUUGAUCGGCCAGAUCUGUAUCGUGGUCAUGGUGGCGCUUUCGUUCCCGCUACAGUGCCACCCGUGUCGGGGACUGCUUAAUCACGUGAUCUUCUAUAUCACCGACGGCAUCAACACUAAGCUCAGGCACGGUGCUCGUCAUGGCUACGCCCAGCUCAAUCUGGAUAUGGAGCUGGUCCACUCGGUGGCCGACCUGUCAACUAAUGAACUGCUCCAUAACGAGCUGUUUGUUUCUACUACGCCGAUGGAAGGCGCUCACGAUACUGAUGGUCACGACGCCAUCAUCGUCAAACUCACAAAUAAAAAGUUCUAUGCCAUUACUGCCGUGAUCGUCAUUGGUGCCUAUUUGGUGGCGAUCUCAGUACAAAACUUAGCUCACGUGCUCGCCAUCGUCGGUUCUACAGGCUCUACGCUGAUUUCAUUUAUUCUCCCGGGGAUGUUUGGUUACUUAUUGAUCAAACCCCUCGGCGACGCCACCCAGCUCACAAAGCUAGAGCGGUUCUGUAAAUUCGGUGGCUUGGCGUUGGCCAUCUACGGCAUCAUCGUCAUGGUGUUGUGCCUCAGUGCAACCAUCUUCCUCGGAGCCAAGGAUUAA